AUAUGAGCUGAGGAACUGCGAAUGCGAUCCAUCAGAAACGUUUCUCGCAGUCUUUUAUGAUCAAACGAUCGACAAGCAAAAAACUAAUACGGUAAGGGAAUCGCUUGGUCGUGUUUGUGAAUUCUACUACAUGUAAAUAUGAGAAAUUAAGUUCUAUAUUUCUUCUUCUAAAAUUUUAGUAUUUUCUCCCAGUUGAUCUCAGGCUUGUUAUGAAAAGGAAAAAAAAAAAAUUGUCCCACAAAAAUCAUUUUUCUCACCCAGUUUUACCGGUUGCAUAGACAAAUUCAUUUAUAUUCACAUACAAAACAUCCUUUUUAAUGCAGUUUAAAAGAGUCCAUGAAAAAUUAAAUGAUCAAUAAAUGUGAUUGCAUAAAAAUAUACUUUUUUUUGUGAAGAUAAAUAAUCUAUGUGAAUAAUUAGUAAAAAGUUGCGAAAAUAUAGUUAAUGUGAGUAAAUAUGAGAAAAACGUCGUUAUUAAUUCUAAAUAGUAAAAGAAUUCUUUGUUCCGUCCUUGGACCGGCCAAACGUUAUCUUUUACUGAAAACUACGUCUCAUUGUUUUGGUAGAAACGAUGGAGAGACAUUCCUAAUUUAUAUGUAUAUUUGUAUGUCCUAAUUAUAUAUAUAUCUACCUAAUUCAAUAUUUUUAAAAAUUCAAAUUUGGAUUCCCCUUGUCUUAGUGAAUUACAUCUCCAGCUAAUCGAAUAUAUCUUUCGUUCUAAACCCGCCCUGGAAAGAAAUAUGAAACUAAAGAAAGAUUACAGCUAACUGGAGAAGUAAUUGUUGUAAUUAACACUGAGUUAAUCAUAAACACUGGGAUUUUAUCCAUCGAUCCAGGUAGCAACAAAGUGAAGAAGAAAUGGAAGCAAUCAAGAAGCUGAAGCCUCCCAAAACGCCGCCAAAGGAAGUGGAAGCAAUAACCAAAAACGUAGAGGUGAAGAAGAACGAAUUCUGGGGGUGGUGCGUAUUGGCCUCCUUCCUCGCACUCCUCGUCAUCUCCUGCGGCGUCUACACUCUGGUCAAGCUCUUCCCCAACUUCCUGCCCCACAACAAACCGGGCCCGAACCGGCCCGGCCCAAUCGCGAGGAACUACGCCGACGCGCUGGGAAUAGCGUUCCAGUUUUUGGACGUGCAGAGGUCCGGGAAGCUGGUGAACAACAGGAUCCCGUGGAGGGGAGACUCGGCCCUGCGCGAUGGGAGCGACCGCAACUUGGACUUGUCGAAAGGGCUGUAUGAUGCCGGAGACAACGUGAAGUUUGGGUUUCCGAUGGCUUUUACGGCGACUCUCUUGUCGUGGGCGAUUCUCGAGUACGGCCAGCGAAUGGCAGCCGUCGAGCAGCUAGGGCAUGCUCAGGAUUCUCUCAAGUGGAUCACUGAUUUCCUCAUCAACGCCCACCCUUCGCCCAACCAGCUCUAUGUUCAGGUAGGCGAUCCAGAUCUGGACCACGAGUGCUGGGAAAGGCCGGAGGGCAUGUCGGAGAGGCGGCCGGCAGCUCAAGUGAACGCCUCGUUCCCAGGUUCCGACGUCGCGGCGGAGGUAGCUGCUGCCAUGGCUUCGGCUUCUCUUGUGUUCAAGAAGAUAGACCCCGACUACUCCUUUACGCUGCGGACGAAUGCAGAAGAGCUCUUCGCUUUUGCGGACCUUUACAGGGGUGCUUACAGUGUGAGCAUUCCUCAAGUGAAGAAGUUCUACAAUUCCACAGGAUACGGAGACGAACUUCUUUGGGCAGCCAGUUGGCUUUACUAUGCUACCAGAGACCCAUCGUACCUCAAAUAUUUGACCGUCAUCAAUGGAGACGUCUUUGGUAACUGGGGAGAUCCCAGCUGGUUUAGUUGGGAUGAUAAGCAUGCCGGAACUCAGGUUUUACUUGCUAGGAUGAACUUUCUGGGAGAAAAAGAUGGAAUAUCACCCGAUGAAAAUGCUAAGCUACAAAUGUACACAAGAAUGGCACAAGCCACAAUGUGCACUCUCCUCCCGGGUUCACCUUCGGCCACAUCCAGCAGAACCGCAGGCGGCCUCAUAUGGGUCUCAGAAUGGAACGCCUUGCAGUACUCGUUGGCUGCUACGUUUCUCGCUGUUCUUUACAGCGACUACAUGGCAACUUCCCAAGUCCAAACUCUCUUCUGUGACGGCACGACGUUCAGCUCAAAGGAUCUUCGCCACUUCGCCAUCACACAAGCGGAUUACGUGUUGGGCAAGAAUCCGAUGGAGAUGAGCUACCUUGUUGGUUACGGAAUGGAUUACCCUCGCUACAUCCAUCACAGGGGGUCGUCGAUACCGGUUGACUCGAGAACCAAUUGCAGGGAGGGAUUCAAGUGGUAUGAUUCUCCUGACCCGAACCCGAAUAUUCCGACCGGAGCUGUGGUCGGUGGCCCGUUCAUGAACGAGACCUACGUUGAUAACAGAACAAACCAUAGGCAAGCCGAGCCGACGACUUACAAUUCUGCGUUCAUCGUUGGCCUCCUCUCCGGCUUGCUUACCACUGCCUCAGUUCCUCAGUCUUUUGGGUAGGCACCAAAUUGAAGCUCGAAAAUUGUAACGCAGGAUGUAAAAUAGAGAGCUCAAGACAUAGCUCCUAGCCAAACAACAGUUGUUUAACAGAUCGGUUAGACUUACAUGCUAAUUUGCAUUCCUAGCUAGGAGAAUAUUGUACUUUAGAGGUUUUGCUUGUACGGAUGUCGUUAUAGAUUUGAAUAAUAUUGUAGCUAGAGU